CAAGCGCGCAGUCCUUCCUUCCCUCCCUCGGCGUGUUGGAGGAGUGUGUGCGGGGAGCGCGAGCUCCCUUGCCCGGCUCGUCACCUGCGUCCGUGCGCGCGUCGCCUGGGUGUCUUGAAGCUGUCCCUUCCCUUCCAGACCCCUCCUUCUCCCCCCGCCCCGUCCUGCUGCUGCUGCUGCUGCUGCUGCACCUCCCCUCCCCGCUCUGCUCGCCAGCAAGCCGGGUGGUGGGCCGAGGAGCUGGAAUCGUAGCACCUCAUUGCACAACCCGGCUUCCCAACUGUUUACAUAUAAUCGGACUGUGUGUAUACAGCGUGAGUCACCCGCUGGAGGAGGAGGAGGAGGAGGAGGUGGAGGAAGAGAAGAAGGAGGGCACAGCCUGAGAUCGGCGCACCGCACACACACUCGCUCACACUCAGUCACUCUCCCUCACCCAGCACGGAGCCUGAAGAGCGCUUAGGGGAGAAGCGCCGCCAAAAGUUGCCAAGGUGCCUUUGGCCGGAGACUUGGGCUUCGCAGUUCUGGGUUACUCGAUUGGCAUCUACUGCUGCUUCGGAAGCUUCGCUCCGAGUCCCAGGCCAGCGACUCCUCGGACCCCGAGCGCAGGGCGCGCUCUGCGAAGACCUUCCUCCGCCUGGAUUGUUUCUGCAGCUGCGGCGGCGGCGGCGGAAUCCAUCCCAGCCAGCCAGCAGCGGCCACCACAAGCCAGGACUCUCGGGAGACCCCAGUCCUGAGCCGCCCCCUCGGGGUGCGGGAGAAGGCGGAGCUGGCCACCGGGCCGCCCGGUGGCUCCCCAGCCAGCCCCGGCCCCGGCUGCAACGUGGGCGCCCUAGAGCGGUUCUGGCUAGCUUUGCCCCCCGUGGGGGGUGAAAGCCAGAAGACCUCGAGAGACACUCCGGGUUCGGCUGCAGCCGUCGGAUCUCCGGACCUCGGGGCCCCGCUCCCAAAACCUUCCUGGAUUCCGGGCUUUAAAAGCCCAGCUCCACAGGGUCUGGGACCUGGAUGUGUUCCCUGCGCCCUGCCAUGAGCCGCAACGUCCAGCCCCGCAGCCCGGGCCUGCUGCUCCCUGCUGCCCGGGGCUCCCCUUCCAAGCGCCUCCUGGACGGCGACGAGACAGCCGCGGUGGCAGCCAAAUGCUUGCGACUGUCCGAGUGCCCGAACCCUCCGGACUACCUCAGCCCCCCCAGCUCCCCCUGCACUCCCCCGCCCGCGCCCUCGCCCUCGGCGCCCGGCGGUAGCGCCCCGGGGCCCAGCCGGAUCGCUGGUUACCUUCUGCUGCCCAUGGCUGAGCGGGAGCAUGUGUCCCGGGCACUGAGCAUCCACACCGGGCAGGAGUUGCGCUGCAAGGUGUUCCCUAUUAAACACUACCAAGACAAAAUCCGGCCUUAUAUCCAGCUGCCAUCUCACAGAAAUAUCACAGGGAUUGUUGAAGUGAUCCUUGGGGACACCAAGGCAUAUGUCUUUUUUGAAAAGGACUUUGGGGACAUGCACUCCUAUGUGAGAAAUCGCAAAAGGCUUCGGGAAGAGGAGGCUGCCCGGCUCUUCAAGCAGAUUGUCUCUGCAGUUGCCCACUGCCACCAAUCUGCCAUUGUGUUGGGUGACUUGAAGCUCAGGAAAUUUGUCUUUUCCACAGAGGAGAGGACACAGCUCAGACUAGAAAGUCUCGAAGACACUCAUAUCAUCAAGGGAGAAGAUGAUGCCCUGUCGGACAAGCACGGCUGUCCAGCCUAUGUGAGCCCUGAGAUUUUAAACACAACAGGGACCUACUCUGGCAAGUCAGCGGACGUUUGGAGUUUAGGGGUGAUGUUAUAUACCCUUUUAGUUGGGCGGUACCCCUUCCAUGACUCAGACCCCAGUGCUCUCUUCUCCAAAAUCCGCCGUGGACAGUUCUGCAUCCCUGACCAUAUAUCACCCAAAGCCAGAUGCCUCAUUCGUAGCCUUCUGAGACGGGAGCCCUCUGAGAGACUCACAGCUCCAGAGGUCUUACUUCAUCCCUGGUUUGAGUCGGUUUUGGAACCUGGAUAUGUAGACCACGAAACAGGAACGUCAGACCAGAUCGUUCCAGAACACCAGGAAGACAAUGACAUUAGUUCCUUCUUCUGCUAAUCCUAAAACCUCAGAAACCUCAUAAUUCUCACACAUGGCAUUUUUUUUUCUUUCAAGGGUUUCGUCUUUCCAUUUUUAUAGACGGGUAGAGCUUUAAGUAUGGUGACAGCCAGAUAAGUGACGAUGUAAAUAAGCACAGCUGCUUUACUCAGAAUUCCUGUUCCUUAUGUUUUUGUGCUGGGUGACAUUGCUGAGACGAGCACUCUGAUUGGCCGCCCUACAGAGCCUUUAUGGUUCUCGGGGAGUCCUCGUAUCUGUUUGGUUAGGUGCUGAGACCUGCACCUUUUACCGCUUGCAAAAGUUGUGGCAUUGGGACAGAAUCACACUUUUACCAUGAAGAAAACUUGAAAAGUUUAGGGGGAGAAUGAAUGAAUCCUUACAGUGGUUUUUGGCGUAUGUAUGGUCACUUACCUGGCAGUAGCCAUAUUUUACCAAUGAGAUAAACUGUUGGUCCAAUGAACCCGCCAUCUUGCUGCUCUUUGGAUAGGUACCCUUUUGCAUUUGCAAGGGUCUGUGCUAUCUGGUUGGAAGUUUGCUAAACCUGCAUCUUCUCCUUAGACUCAUAUACCAACUGCUUUGCCCCAUUCCUUGAUCAGACUGUUUCAGGAAUACACGAGCCUGCCUUGCUGCACAAAUCCAGACUUGUUCCUCAAUUUCCUGUUAAGACCUCAUGUACACUAAUGCCUUCUCCCUGAACUUGAAACUUACCCUCCUUUCCUUCCUGACUCCCCCAUCUCUCCCCAUCCCUAGCCCCAGCUAUAAAAGUACCAGCUAAGCAUGGAAAAAAAUCAUGAAAAGCUUCUGAACUCUUGGCUAUUUCAGAACUCUGAUCUCAGAGAGACUGCAGUUUUGUGAAUAAUUUGAGUACUUGGAAGCAGUUAGGUUUUUUGGUUCCUCCCAAGUGUGCUAGCACUCAUCUCUUUCUGGAGGUCAUUUCAGGGCUGGCCAUCUUGUCCUGGAGGAGAAGGAUCAGGAGUCCCCUGUGCAGCAAAUGUCAAAUGUGACUUUUCUU